UUUUUGCGCAAACUUGAUACGGAGAAGAAUUUAAGAAGUGAUGAAAUGAGAUUAAUCUACAAAAGAAUUAAAAGAGACCUGGAAGUAUUACAAGUGGAUGAACAUUUGCCGCAAUUUGCGCGAGACCAUGCAAAAAAAAUGAUUAAAGAAAUAUCUCAAACCCAUAUUGAAAAAAAUGCUAGUCCAAAGCAGUCGCGGUAUAUUGGGAAGCAAUACUGGAAUGCAAAAAAAAAUAAGCGACGAAGUACAACAAUAGAAGCAUUGGGAAAGAAUGUUAAAUCAAAUUCUAACAGCUUAUAUGACUUAACCGCAAGUGAAGAAGAGGAGUCUCCCUGUGAGAUGGCGAAAC